AUGCUCGGCUUUCGAACUGCGGUCCGCGCACAUACCCGAAGCUGGCCUGUCUCGAAAUCCUUCGUUGGCCUUGGGCGCUGGAACCGCUCUAUCAAUCACGUUUGCGGCAGAUCGGUUACCUCAAUUGCAUCGUCUCCGCGGAGCUUCCCGUCGUUCGGGUUUGACGAGGUUGACCAUUGGCAGCCGAUCGAAGAGGAGAGACUCCCUAAUUAUCAGGCCGAGAAAUAUUACCCCGUCCGCAUCGGGGAAAUAUUCAAUUCGAGGUAUCAGGUCAUUACAAAACUUGGGUUUGGGACGGCUUCCACGAUAUGGCUCUGUCGGGAUCUGCGAGAGCGCCGCUAUUUGGCUCUUAAAGUCCAUGUAUUAACUCGCGAUUUGCCUGCCGAACUUGUUCUGGCGAAAUACAUGAACGGCAUUAACGGAAAACAUGAAGGUGCCAAACAUGUACGACGUGUGCUUGAUUGGUUUGAGAUAUCCGGCCCGCAUGGGAGGCACCACUGCAUCCUUUAUGAACCUACCGGUGUGGAUAUCACAACAUUUAUCCAUCGGCUAAAGGGUGCAGCGCUGCAAGAGAACCUGACGCGGAUCACUGCGAGAGUGAUGCUGAUGGGCCUGGAUUACCUUCAUAAGAUCAAUAUCGUGCACACAGGUGAUACAACCACCGUUGACAGCAUUUGA